GAUGUGUCGUACUCUUGGUGGAAGCAACUGAGAACAGUAGAAAAUCUGCUUAACAACAUUUUUUGUUUGUUUUUCAUUCAUAUCUCUUUUCUUUUCGUUCACGGGGCUUUUUAUACGCAAAAGACGAAUUUUUAAGCUGUUUGAAUUGUGAUUCUCCAUUUCUCGCGUAUAAGCUGCAUUUUAAGCUGUCGUCAAAAACAAUUGUUUGAAUAAGGAAUUUCACCUCCGAUUUGGAAUCUUCUAAAUUGAACUAAUUUCUCUUCUUUCAGGCUCUCGGUUACUCAACCAGAAAACAUGCCUCCUAUCGACAAGCGCGACCUGCGAAAGCGGUACCGGUCUUUAAUUAACCAGGUUCACGAGUCUCGGCUUGAGUUAGUGGACCAGGAAAAUAAUGCACUAAUCGAUACGGUGGCUUCUGCUAAUGAUUUGUUUUCAUCAGUGGAGGCACCGACAGAAGCUGCUCUGGAUGCUUUAUUGUUGACAAAAACAGUGGAUUUAGCAUCUUUGAGGACCAAGCAGUUGCAUAUAGGAAUGCCAAAAUUUAACAUCCAGCUUUAUAUUAGGCAAAUUAAGCAAUUUUUAAAUCAGAACAGCUCCAACACUUCUUCCGAAUCUAACAAAAAUGAACUCGCCUGGUCAAGGUUAGGGAAGAUUGCUUGGAAGUAUCAAAGGAGGCCAGCAUCUAUAAAUUUAAUGGUGGGACCUUUGUCAUUUCGAAAAAAGGAAAGGCAAGUACAAAGAAGGGAAAAGUUACAGCGAGCCCCAAAUACAUCUACUCAGCCGAUAUUGCUUAAUCAGGAGAAUAUCUCAGCUCAGGAAAAUAAUACCACGAAAAGUGUUUUGCAGAUCUCCCGUCUGCUUCGAAAGCACCAACCAAUCGAUCUAUUAAAAUUUAUCACAAAUCCAGAAAGUUAUUCACAAACUGUCGAGAAUCUGUUUUAUGUCAGUUUCCUUUUUAAAGAAGGAAAGGCAGGAUUGACUGAGGAUUCCCAAGGAGCGCUUUUGCUAGAGUGUAAAACACCUCCAUUGGAUGAACAAGUGGAUUCUGGUGAAGUUAAAAACGUUCAACUAAUUAUGGACAUGACUCUAGACCUUUAUGAAGACAUUAUACAAACAUUUAAACUAAAAGAUAGCAUUAUACCGACACGACGACCAGUAGAGACUUCAGCCAACAGCAAUACAUGGUAUAGUUAAUUUUGGAAUGGAAGGAAUAGUUUAUAAUUCUAAAAUCAUAAAUUAAUUUUUGUUUAAAAACUGAAAAUCUUUAAUAGUUCUAGGUGAGCCUAGUAAUACGAUAAAUACAUUCAUAACCAG